GAUCAUGACCAGCUGGUGUGUGUCAAUUACAUUUUUUUUACAGGCAAACUCCCCCACCUAUGCUUCUGGUGUAAUUCAUGACCUGGAAGCCUUGAGUUGUUUAUAACACUUUCAUCAAGCUGAAAAUCUGUCUCUAUUUGCAACAGACCCAUGACUAUACAGUUGAAAAUACCACAUUUCACAAGUGAGGGCACGUGUCUGCCCAGACUAGAGCCUGCUUCCUGGAAUGCUCCAAAAGACUUUGGACCCAACCAUGGACCCAACAGACCAAAGUUAGUUUUUGUGCAGCAGUACACUGUUGGCCGGAGAAUGCAGUCUGUGUGGGUUGCUCUCAUGUUAUAUUUUUUAUUUUGCAUUUAGGCCUGGUAGAUCCUCUCCUGAAACAUUCCCCACACACAGAGGUCACACAGAAGGAUGGGCAUCACUUGAACCAUCCCAUCCAGAUUGUAUGGCCAUUUGGAACAUUGGGAUUUGGAAAGAAGAAGCCCCCGGCAGAAACACUAGCUGGCGCUGGCGCUGACGUCAGCCAUCCCUGCAAACAGACGGAGCCAGGCCGAUGUGUAGGAAUGUGUGGAAACUUCUUCCGUGAAUAGUUUGUGUACUAUUACAUCGAUAAUAUAGACCGAAUACCGACAAGGAGUGGAUACAGAUAUACGCCCUCCCAGCAUGGCUUCUCAGACGGUAUAUCCAAUGGGGUUGGUCAUGUAUGCCACCUCAGCUGGCAUGCCCUUGGUGGAGGAUGCCCAGGGGUUGGCUGAGCUUCCACAGAAUGAGCUGCCGGCCCCACAGCUGGUCAUGCUCGCCAACGUAGCCUGUGAAAAUCCAACAGAAGGGAAGGAGAUGAUGGAGCUUCAAACCGUCGGCAGCAGCAGCUACUCCGAUAGUGAAGACGAGAACAUCAUCAGAUACAGUUACGAUAGCCAUGAGAGAGAGAUGUGUAUUGUAGACUACCCAGAGUCUCCACGGGUGGCCCUUUCCCAGGUUGAGGAGAUUGACAAUGAAGUAGAAGAGGAAGAAGGUCUGGACCUGUCCAAACCAUCUGAAAAGCGUCCUUCUAGCCCUCCCACCCCUUUUACCCCUUCUACCCCUCUGGGCAUGAUCAUGGAGUCAGCUAAGAAGAAGAAACCCUUCUUCUGUAAACCCUGCAACUACCAGGCCCAGCGAGAGGAGGAGUUUGUAACCCACAUCCAAAUCCACAGUGCCAAUAGGAUGAUCGUGGUGAAACGCGUGGAGGGGGACAAGGCACGGGCAAAAGAGACUUUGGCGGGACCAGAUCAAGAGGCGGAGAGCGGUGAUGGUGGGGCCAACAACAAAGGGGUGAUCCGCUGUGAGCGCUGCGGCUACAACACCAACCGCUACGACCAUUACAUGGCUCACCUCAAGCACCACGAGAAGGAGGGCGACGACCAGAGGGUCUACAAAUGCACCAUCUGCACUUAUACCACCGUCAGCCAGUACCACUGGAGGAAGCACCUCAGGAACCAUUUCCCCAGUAAGCUCUUCACCUGCAACCAGUGCUGCUAUUUCUCGGACCGUAAGAACAACUACGUGCAGCAUAUCCGCACCCACACAGGGGAGCGUCCUUUUCGAUGUCCGUACUGUGAGUACUCAAGCUCCCAGAAGACCCAUCUUACCAGGCAUAUGAGAACCCACUCAGGUGAAAGGCCUUUCAAAUGUGACCGCUGCAACUACCUGGCUGCCAAUCAGCAUGAGGUGACACGCCAUUCCAGACAGGUUCACAAUGGGCCCAAGCCCCUGUGCUGCCCCCACUGUCCAUACAAGACGGCUGAUCGCAGCAACUACAAGAAGCAUGUGGAGCUCCACCUCAACCCGCGUCAGUUCCUUUGUCCUGUUUGCAAGUACGCCGCUUCCAAGAAGUGUAACCUGCAGUAUCACAUCAAAUCCAGACAUCCCGGCUGCCCACAGAUUGCAAUGGAUGUGUCAAAGGUCAAGCUGCGUGUCAAGAAACCUGAUUCUGAUGAAUUUGCUGAUGAGUACACCAUCGUGAAUGGAAUUGCAAAGUUUGAGCUGUCUGCAAUUGAUGAUGAGGAGGAGGACAUGGAGGAGAGACCAGAGAUCUCUGGAGCUGAUAAACAAUCAAGCCAUAUCAAUCUCUCAACCAAGAAGAGCAGCAAUCCCGUCCCUCUUCAAGCUGCAGAAAGUGUAGCAACAGACAAGACCCAAAAGAAAUGUUGUGUCUCCCCUGUCAAAGAGACACCUAAAAAGGCAAAGGACAAGGCAGAGAAAAAGGUAACACUGAAACGCAAGAGUACAGAGAUGAGCAGUGAGAAUACAAAGCAGCAUGUUACCCUGAAGGAGACAGCAGCUGCAGUUCAAACCACAGGUUAUAAAGUUAAGAGACGUCCCAAAAAACAGAUGAAGGGGAAAACGAGUGUUCAGGAUAAGAGUGAAAUAAAGGAAACCGUGGAAAAAGUUCAAAAGGCGAGUUUGGAAGAGGACGAUGUUGAGAAGGAGAAAUCGGUCAAGGAGACGUUAGAGAAAGACAUGCUGGAGAGGGAGAAUAUGGAGAAAGUGAAGGAGGAAAACAAGAAGCUGGAGAAGGAGAAAAAAGAGCAGCUGGGAACACUGAAGAAUGAGAGGGAAGGAAAAGAGAACAAAAACACAACAAAAUCUAAGAAGAGUCCUUCUAAAAAAAUUAAGAAAGUGGUUGAUAAGACUGUUGCAAAAGCACCUCAAAGUCUGGACGCACCAGUGGAAAAACAGGGAGCGAAGAGCAGGACGAAGCCGCUAAAGAGAAAGGCUGCAGAGGCCUUGGACUUAUCAAUGAAGGAAUCUCCUGAGGAGCCCUGCACCAACAUAAAGGCCAAACGGUUAAAAAUCAAGGCUGGUCACAAGUCACAAUCAAAAGCCAGUAUCCGCCAAAGCAUGACGACUGAGCCUUGCCCAGUGUCAGAACAGGAGAACCCAGCAAACCAGAUUAUGAACUCGCCUGUGAAAAAGAGCAACAAGACAGAAGCAAGCUAUGAAGAGACCGAGGCUUCCAGUGAGAACAAGGGGUGUUCCAUCAUUGAGAACCCUAUUAGCCUCCCUGAAAACAAAAAGGGUCCAGCUACAAAGCUUCAGCCAACAGUUCUACAGGGAGAGCAGAAGGCGUCUGACCAGGAGACUGUCCCCGCUAUGCAUACCUCUACAUCUCAGGACACAACUCCACAGGCUGAGCAGGCUACGGUCGCCGACCAUUCAGAGGAAACUCCUACUCCUGAAGACGAGUCCCCAUCUCCCACAGAAAUUGACGGCUCUCCCGAUUUCAGACGACCACAGGGAGAACCAUCAACACCAACAACACCCUCCCUGGAGCUCCCUAGGCCAAGAGGAAAGCCUACCGAAACUGAAGAGGACGAGGGCAUCCACAGCCAUGACGGAGGAAGUGAGAUCAGUGAUAGCGCCUCGGAGGGCAGCGACGACUCGGGGCUCAACGGACUGGCCGCUGCCGCCGGCAAACUGGCCAAUGACCCUGAAACUCCCACAGAAGAGAUUCCGACUCCAACAGAACUCAAGAGUCACAUGUGUAUUUUCUGCGACCGUACCUUCCCCUUGGAGGUGGAGUACCGUCGGCACCUGAAUCGCCACCUGGUGAAUGUGUAUUAUCUUGACAAUGCAUCCAAGCUGGACCAGUGAGUGCAGAGCAGGGGGCUUUGAUUUAUCCCAUUUUAAUCAGUUUCAGCAGUGUAUUUUUGUUUUACCCUUUCUACCUGUUAUAAAACAUAAUUGUCUGUGUAAAUAUGUUGACACUACAUAUUCAGUUACCUUGCAUUAGUGCUCACUAGUAAGUACUGUAUAAAAUAUUAUAUGGUAUGCCUAAAACUCUCUGACAGCCAUUGUAAUACAGUUUUAGGCCGACUAGUUCAUUUGAUUAUUGGUGUCUGGGCUUUCACGGAUUGGUUCCCAGACAUUUUGACUAUUAAUUCUACAGUUCUUGUUUUCAAACAUGAUAGGAUGCCUUUAAUUGAAAUCGUAAAGGAUAUGUGAGUUAAUACGUGAGAGGCCCCCAAAAAUGUUUCAUUGUUUGGCAUUUGGCUGAAACACACAUCAAAGAAAAUAUGGGAUAUUAAUUUUGUUGCUCGUAAAUCUCAGAAUACUUGUAAAUCUCAGAAUACUUGUAAAUCUCAGAAUACUUGUAAAUCUCAGAAUACUUGUAAAUCUCAGAAUACUUGUAAAUCUGAUAUGGUUAUUCAACUACUGGUAUCUAAAAUCGAAUAGCAUUGUAUAUAUCUUACAUAUAUAGUGGUUGAUAGUCAAGAAAUCGCUACACCUUGCCGGUUGAGUUUCUAUAUUAGAAGAAGCCACCUAGAGACGAGUUGCACCAGGUUUUUGUAUUUUUAUCCAUCAGCCAUGUUGAACAACAACAGUACAUCUAUUAUGAAAGGAAGUGGUACACUUUUUCAAUUAAGUACCAAAGAAACCCCUUCAUUCACACAGGGAUUAUAUUAGAAGGACCCAGGUGGUCCUGUUGUGUGAGUCCACUCCAGUGACGUGGUCUGUGCCCUAAAUAGGGAAGAGGGCUGCAUGUUCAAAGUCGGCACACGUGUAAGUUGUCCACUCCACCAUUUAGGGAGCACUUGACAGCUACUUUAAUUUGUAUUUUUAUUGAUAACAUCAAGAGAUUUUUUUUUUUUUAAACAUUGUAUAAAUUAAUGAUCAAUCUUCACAAUGGACUAAUUAUAAAAAUCUCUUAAUUACAAAAAAACUUGACUUACACUCAAAUUGAUGAACUAUGAAAUGGGGCGAGUUUUUUUUUUGGUUCAUCCGGUACAAUGGUGGCGAGAUGUGUAUAGAAUUGUUUCUUGAGUUAAUGUUUGAAAUAUGUUGUCACUUUUUGAAUAUCCAAGUAAAUGUAGUCAUGCAAAAAAAACUCAUACUACUCAUUAAUAAAUGCACAACUCUGUGGAAGGUAGGGUGUUCCUAGUGUCAGCCUACUGGACCUUGACAUUUGUAGCCCUCUAGAACUUAAGAUAUGGAUAGAGAUUUUCUGGGUGGUAUAAACAGAUACUAUGUUACUAUCACUGACAGAGAAUAGACAGCUAACAUUGAAAACAAGUUGUGAAAUGGAAGUUUGUGAACACACCAUUAUCGGUUUUGUAUCUGAUUUCAGAAAAAGUCCAAAGAUAUUUUUAUUUUUUUAGUUGUUGAGCCUGCGAAGAUGCCCGUAGUUCCACAUUUUUUUCUUCUUCUUAUUUUUUUACUCUUCAGUGCCUUCGACAAUCAGUAUUUUAUGUUUUUGCAUAUUAACAGUGUAGGUUUCUGUUAAUUGAGUCACAUUCUUUGUACACUGUAAGAGCUCUGAUUUCAAUUACAUUGUUGUUACAUCAUGUCUAUCUUUAUAACCAUUCCUUGAGGUUUAGUUGUAAUUGUUUGAUUUCUCUGACUGUGUCUGUUUUUAUUACCCCACUCAUCUGUUUUUACAGAAUUGUACUUCCAAAGCGUAGCCUGUGAAAUACUUCAUUCAUAUGCAUUUAGUUUUCUGUACUAUGAGGUGAUUGUUAGACUGAGCUAAUAAUAAAAAAAAUAUGCCAUGUGUACUCUUUUAGUAAAUUCAGUGCAAUAUAUUUUGGGUGUGAUGCCAAAGUGAGAAGAUAUAGAAUUAUAACGAUGUAUGUCUUGAGUAUCCUGACUAUUGGAAGGAACAGACUAUACCAGGGUUCCCUGGGAAACUGGUCCAAUUUAGCCGAUGUGCUCUUGAACCAGUCUAUAAAUGCAGUUUCCCAGGGAACCCUAUCUAGACAGAUUCCGUAGCACUGUAAAUGUACACCUUUUAUCUCUUUGUUCACUUACUGUAUUGUGCUUGUUAGUGGAUAAGAACUGUAUUUCAGUCAUUGUAACCAUUUUGCAUUCACAUAUUGUAAUCAUGUGUACCGUAAAACUUCAAUUAAAUGCUGAGUCUCAAAUUGCCAGCCGCCUGUUCAUUUUAAUAGCUGGGAAUCGGCACACAUUUCAGCAAAUAAACGAAUGUUUCAAAUGAAUUCCCGGGUCUAAUGAAUUGCUUACGAUAUUCCCAUGUGCAUUAAUUAUUUAUUUUUAUUCUGUCAUUGUUGCUAGCCAUGUCGCCACCAAAAAGAAAAAACUACAUUAAAUUCAUGUUGCUGAAGGGUGAAAUUGGGGUGUAUGAUAAGCAGCUUUUGCUAGUCUGAUCUGCGAUGGAUUUGUUAUUAUGUUUAUACUGGUCACAAACUGUGGUAGUCUUUACAACAUUUUAUUGAGGAAAAGCUGUGUGCAUUAGGAAAUAGAAGCCUGGCUCAAAUAAGCGCCGGUUGUGUUCAGCGAUUAAAGCAAAUACAUGCCCAGGCUAUUUAUUUUUAUUUUUUACUGUUAGCUUAUACCUGUCAUUUGCAGUUAGUGAAGAAAUGUACUCUUUUUCAAUAUAAUAAUUGACAACUAACUUCUAUUAACACCUUCACCAAAGUGGGGAGUUAUUGGCCAUUGUCCCUAAGACUUUUUGAAAACAAUUGGCUGUUUUAAAAACCAUUUUGUGCAGUUUAAAACAAAGCAUCCUGUACCAUUUUCUGCUCUACACUUUUUAAUAAAAGUUGGCCUAAUAUCCAGA